CCCCCACCUCGGUAUUCAGCAACGUGCGCUUGUCAAGGAGGAUGACGACGAUACCAGGUUCGGACAGGCACAUCCGGUCAUCUCUCGUGAUCCUCGACAACGCACAACGACGCCGGGCGUCCGCACGUUAGCAUGAAACUCGACUCGUCCGUGGCUAAGGUGUCCUCGUGCCGAAACAGAUCACUCACAGCUCAGCUGGCACACGCGAUCUUGUAUCUCUAAUCAAAUCGUUAUUUCCCUCGGCCGCUUAGUUCGUUUUCUUUAGUUUUUUUUUCUUUUUUUUUUUUUUUUUCUCGCCCGAGUGUAAUGAUGCAGGAGCACAAAUCGUUUCUUAUAAGGGAUCUCCUGGGGGAUGUUCUGUCCGAGCGGGUGCACGAUUCGGAGGAUGAUUCGGCCGUUCAUUCCGAUUCCGAAGACACGAUCGAUCCUGGAAGCAGUCCAUGCACUCGAUUAGAAAGUCCUCCUCCAGCUCUGUCGCCAUCCCCGGCACCAACAACUUCCGGCAAGUCCUGCAGUACGACCAAUGGUCCGCCAAGCGGUAGGAAGCCCAGAAGAAGACGAACGGCCUUCACCCACGCUCAACUUGCUUAUCUGGAGCGAAAAUUUCGUUGUCAGAAAUAUCUGAGCGUCGCGGAUCGCAGCGACGUCGCCGACGCGCUGUCACUCUCCGAGACCCAAGUCAAAACUUGGUAUCAGAACAGAAGGACGAAGUGGAAGCGACAGAACCAACUGCGACUGGAACAGCUACGACAUCAAGCAACGGUGGAGAAAGAGUUGCUGGUGCGAGGAGUAGGACUCCAUCAUGGCAGCAUAGACGCUUAUUGUCCACCUUACAACGCUCAGACCCAAACGCAGAGUCAUCCGCCUCCACCGCCACCACCGCCGGCACCGUCGACCGCCUCUACAGCAGCGUUCCUCUCGACCGCUGCAGCUCUCUUCCGAAACGUUACCUACGUUCACGGAUGUCCCCUCUAACCCAGCCUAACGCCGCGGUUUCAGGACCGUUUCUGCCUUCCGGCCGCCCUCCUCUUUUCGAAACAUCCGCCUCGAACGUUUCAAGAUCGGCACCGUCGUUGGAAAUGGCUUCAAUUAGACCUCGAUGCACUCGUAUCUCUGAUCUUAAAUCAUCACGGUUCGCGGGAGUCGCUGGUCUUUUGCAUCGAAUUCUCCGGCAUGCGUUUCGCCACGUCGCUCGUGCGUGCGAGAGGAGUCUCAGAUCGAUUUGUUCGGCUAUACUUUGGAUACAGAUCACACGUGUAUCUCCGAGACAGUGAAGUGCACGAACUAUGAAACGACGUAAACACGAACAAAGAGAGACUCGUUUGCAAUAAUCGGGAUGUUUGGGAAGUUCUCCGUGACAAUUAGGGUGAAAUGUUUCGAGGAUACCGUGUUCCAUUUUGGAGUUGUUUCUCGUGUUUACUCCUGCAUGCGAGACAGUGUACAUAUGUAAUUACAAACUUGGUCGGUAGUCGUAGUCGGUUUAUUUUCGUUCACAACGACAAAAGGGAAAAGAGUAUACGAAAUGAAAUUGAGAAUCACCAUCGUGCGUGAACUUCCGCUUGUUUCCAGUUUAGCUAAGUGCAAACGCGUAAUAUCCACAUUCGGAAAAAUGUUCCUUUUCCUUCGGAACGAACGAAGUCUAGUUAAGUUGAUAGCCAGUCGAAUUCCGUAGAUGUGUCAUAGGCUCUUAGAAAACUAUAAUCGAGAAGGGGAUAGAAACGACAUUUACUAUGACGCGUGCGACGCUCCGGACGUACAUAUGUAGGUACGAUCGUUCUUCCCUGUUUUCUGCAAUCACUGGCCAAUUUUCAUUUAGAGAUCUAGUUCGCUGACGUUCACCGCUGAUAAAUAAUCGAUCACUUUCACCAGUUAACCGACAAUUUUUCGUCAACCGAUGAAUUCUUGUAGAUAAAUAAAUUAUCAUCGAA